CAUAAAAAACUGCCCUGGCAGUAUUGAGUUGUAAAAAUGCAAAUGUACUCGAAAAGGUGGCUUUUCUUUCGUGGCGACGCAUUGUAGAAAAAAAAUACACGAUAAAGCUCGCGAGAAUAGUUGAGAUUCUGAUGGUGGGGGAAAUGAACAUGAAAAAGUCGUCGUAAAGUGAUAUUUGUCGACUGAAAGAAAUCGUGCAGAAACACUGCGAUAUUAUUAAGUAGAUUUCUAUCACUUGAAGAGUAGAAAAUCUGCGGUUAAGAAUGGUUCGGCAUAAAUUCUUCAUGACCUUUUACGGACAAUCCAGAGACUGGCGUCGUAGCUGACAAGGACAAGGAAGGCGUCGUCCUGGCGAUGGCGCCGAUCGGGCAAGUCGUCAAGUCCAGGACGCCCAGGAGCGAACUCACGCAGAACGACGAGCGCGAGACAUGGUCGGGAAAGGUGGAUUUUCUCCUCUCCGUGAUCGGAUUCGCGGUGGAUUUGGCAAAUGUGUGGCGGUUUCCGUACUUGGUCUUCAAGAACGGAGGAGGGGCCUUUCUUGUUCCCUACUGCAUCAUGCUGAUUGUGGGUGGAAUUCCCCUUUUCUACAUGGAAUUGGCUCUUGGGCAGUUCAACAGGAAGGGCGCCAUCACGUGCUGGGGACGUCUUGUACCACUUUUUAAAGGAAUCGGUUAUGCAGUGGUAUUAAUCGCUUUCUACGUGGAUUUCUACUACAACGUGAUAAUUGCGUGGUCGCUGAGAUUCUUCUUUGCCUCAUUUACUGACGUCCUGCCAUGGACAUCAUGCAACAAUGCCUGGAACACGGACAACUGUAGACAAUUUGAUAGCAAUCCAGACAUCAAUUACACCCUCAUCAACGAGACCACACCAAUGCCAACCACCAAAUUCGCCUCAGCUGCCUCAGAGUACUUCAAUCGCUACAUCUUGGAGCUCAACGAGAGCGAUGGGAUUCACGAUCUGGGCAUCAUCAAGUGGGAGAUGGCGCUCUGCCUCCUGGCUGUGUAUCUCAUCUGCUACUUCUCGCUGUGGAAGGGCAUCAGCACGUCGGGAAAGGUGGUCUGGUUCACCGCCCUCUUCCCCUACGUCGUCCUCCUCAUCCUGCUGAUCCGUGGCAUCACGCUUCCUGGCUCCGCUGACGGCAUUCGCUACUAUCUCAGCCCUAACUUUGACGCCAUUUACGACGCCGAGGUGUGGGUGGACGCCGCCACGCAAGUCUUCUUCUCGCUGGGGCCAGGAUUCGGGGUGUUGCUGGCGUACGCGUCCUACAACAAGUACCACAACAACGUGUACAAGGACGCCUUGUUGACCAGUUUCAUCAAUUCUGCCACGAGCUUCGUGGCGGGAUUCGUUAUCUUCUCCGUGCUCGGCUACAUGGCUCACACCUCCAACCAGGACAUCAGGGAUGUGGCCACGGAGGGUCCUGGCCUGGUGUUCAUCGUCUAUCCGGCCGCCAUCGCCACAAUGCCGGGCAGCAUCUUCUGGGCGCUCAUAUUCUUCAUGAUGCUCCUCACGCUGGGUCUGGACAGCUCUUUUGGCGGCUCCGAGGCCAUCAUCACCGCCCUGAGCGAUGAAUUCCCCAAGAUCGGCCGCAACCGUGAAAUCUUCGUGGCGUGUCUCUUCUCACUGUACUUCUGCGUCGGCCUGGCCAGCUGCACCCAAGGCGGCUUCUACUUCUUCCAGCUGCUCGACCGCUACGCCGCCGGCUACUCAAUCCUCAUCGCUGUGUUCUUCGAGGCCAUCGCCGUGUCGUGGAUUUAUGGCGUGCAGAGAUUCUGCGACGACAUCGAAGAUAUGAUUGGCUUCGCGCCCGGACGCUACUGGCGAGUGUGCUGGAAGUUUGUGGCGCCUCUCUUCCUCCUCUUCAUCAUCGUCUAUGGAUUGAUCAUGUACGAGCCGCUCAGCUAUGAAGACUACGUGUAUCCGGGCUGGGCCAACAUGCUGGGCUGGUGCAUCGCCGGCUCGUCCAUGUGCAUGAUUCCCAUCAUUGGAACCUACAAGUUCCUCACCACAUCCGGAUCUUGUCGUCAGCGCCUCAAGAAGCUCACGACGCCCUGGCGAGACACUCAAGUGGCCAAUGCCAAUGGCAUCGAGUCGGUUCACGUGCAAGUCCGCUUGACUGACGCCAAAGAUGCCGAAGACGUCUGAGUUGCACCAUGGACGAGAUUCAAAAUUUACUACGUCUAGUAGAACGUUAGGUUUACUUAGGCUAGACAAUUUCUACCCACGAAAUUGCCAUCGAAGUAUCACAAUUAACCCUUCCUGUUCUUCCGCCUUCACUCAUCUCUGCAUGAUUCUGUUUUUUCUCUUAGCAUGUAAGACAAUUCAGUCCGCACGAAGAUGGGUGUUUUUUUCUUUGCUCAUUGAGAGUGUAGAGUUAAGGAGAAUGUUGAUUGAUUUUGAGAAGACAUGCGGAUAAAAUGCUGUGUAGAUAAUAGAAAAUGUUUCAUACAUGAUCGAAUGUAAGUUUGUUUAGAGUGUUAAGAGAACAAGUGAAGAGAGAAGUUGUACUAAAAAUUUAACCUUUAGGUGUUAAGAUGAUGCAGGAAAGUGUAAUUUAGCAAAGCUGACGUGUAAAUUGAGCUUUAAACAAGACAUUACAAGAACACCGAAGGGUUGAGAUCAUAUCCAAAAAGUUCGUUCGAAUCAAUUCAAUGUCUCAUGACGAUUCUUAUGUUAAAAAAAAGGCUUUUUUGUAAAUACCUGUUGAGUACUCUCUCCAAGAUGUUUCCCGAAGAAUGAAGAGAACAAAGAGGCAGAAACUGUGUUACUUUUUUGGAAAUAUUUCACCACAGCCAUUUGAAAUGUUUUCAAAGACGGAAAGUGAAUUCUGUUAAUGUACUAAAACAGCCAUUUGGUACAUUUGCGGAUGUUGUGUUUUUGGAGGGGAAAAUCUUACAAACCAAUCACGACCUCUUAAGAAUUUUUGUACAAAGAAAACAGAUCACAACAAAGGACUUUUAGCUCAGACAGCCACUGAGAUGAAACUUCUUGGCGUGAUAAAUGAUUUUCCAUCCUCAACAUUCCAUUUGUUUAGCGAUUUUAUUAAUAAAUUCUCUUUAUUUAAA